CCUUGCUUUGGCCUGAAUCCCCAAUCUUUUGACUCAUAGGCCAGUUAACAUUUUUUCGUUUCCCUAACCUGAGCCCAAUAGUUCCGUGAGACAUUUGAUAGAGUAUGAGAAUCUUCAUCCUAGCUUUGGUGCCAUUGGCACUCGUGGCUGUGGUCCAGGGAUUUUCCAUCACUAACUGUGCCAUGACUCCACAAAAUGACGAAGAUAACCCGGUGCCAGAAAGAGAGACGGUCUCAUUAGAUUGUAGCUUCGAAAGCACAGUCGAAUCCUGCCUUUGGGUCCAUGACGAGCCCCUAAAUGUGGGAACACAUACGGGUGGAACCCACGACAUCAAAUGCUCGGCUGGUUCGGGCGAAAAUGGACAGAAUUGCCAAGCUUUGUCCCGCGUGCAAUACACGUUCCAAGACAACCGUUGUGGGAUCAGAAUUAGUGGAACAGAGCCCGAAGACACUGGAAAGUGGAAGCUCAGUGCCAUUGGACUGUCCUCCAGUGGAUCAGGCGUGCAAACGGCCACCCGAGAUUUCGAGCUGUUCACCUUCAACCAGUCGACCCUAGUCAUGACCGAUGAGGACGAUAACGACCUGAUGGGCGGCACGUUUGAGACCGAUUACAAUUGUAACGAACGUGAAAACGACUGGGAAGAGGGCAAAUCCAAUUGGGAGACGGUCACCUUCAGAUGCCUAGCUUAUGGAGGACGUCCGGAGCCCACUUUCAAGUGGUACAUCGAUAACAACGACAAUAACGAACUGUCCUCCGAGUCCCACUUCAGGAUCAACACCAACCUCGAAAGCGUCGAUGACAAGGAUCAGUACAUUCGAAACCUGGAGUCUGAGAUCGAGUUCCAAGUCGAUGACAAAUUGAUGGAAAUUUUAGAACAGAACAACGUCGAGAUCAACAGCGAGGACGAGCGAGUUUCGUUCCGUCUCACAUGUGAGAUCGAGCAAGGAACGAGUUCGUUUGUGGAUUCAGGAUAUAUCAAUUUGGACAUCAACAAGAGCUACGACAACGGCAUCCUACCCGCCAGUACGAUCGGAAUGAUCGUGGGCAUUGUGCUCGCAGUGCUGUUGUUGGUCAUUGUGGCAGCUUUGGUGCUUUUUGCCAAGGCCUCUGGCACGUUGUGCUUUAGUGAUGGACGAGGUCGACAUGAACCCCGAACCCAUCGCUAAACAAGAACCUAUUGGAACUGGAUCCAUGACCAAGUCCAUUUGGGAAACCACCAAAUCUUCUCCCCGAUCCUCCUUCUCCUCCAAAAAGUCCCCUAAAACGAAACCCCGCCGAGAUGUAUCGGAAUACCCCAUUGACGGUUCCACCCACCUGACCCUCUCCCCUAAGGCGUCUCCUCCGGAUUAUUCUCGGAGCGAUAACUCCGUAGAUACGCCCCCUCCUCGCCCCGAGAAGCCCUCCAGCCUCAACUAUGCCAACCUCGAUCAUCGGCCUUUCAUGAAUGACCCCCGGAAUCAGGUCCUACCUCAAGCAUCCGUUCAUCGACGUGAAUCCCCCACCAAUUAUGCUUCCAUCCAAAAAUUCAGCUCCACAUCACAUUCCUACUCGUCGUCAAAUAAGUUCUUAUAAUUCAGAUCAUCUCUAAUAUGUCAUUUAUUUUAUGAAUGUAUCUAAUGCUUGAUGUUUGCGUGUUUGAAAGUCAGUCAGUACACAAAUGAUGUGAAUGAAAUGAAAGACUCUUAAGUCGACAGACUGAA